GCUGAGCGGUCCGGGAAGCCAGGCUGCAGGCCCGGAACCUGGCACAGCCCGGGGAGCCGCGGCCUCCGGGACGGGACGUGGGGGAGGGCAACGUUCGGGAGAAAGGGCAGGUGCUGGAAAGCCCAGGACCCAGGGGAAGAGUCAGACGCCGGCCUUCAAGGGCACCGCCGCGGGAGCCUGUGCGCCCUGACGUCCGACGGCAGACACGGGAUUGGCUGACAUGGGCCCCCGCCCCGCCCAGCCCGGAGCCUUUUCAAGGCCAAGGCGGCCAGCUGCGGUUACACUUCUCAGCUGUUGCGGGCAGCGGGACGUGGGAGACUCCGGCUCCAAGACACUCAUCCAAGAGGAAGGAUGGCCAGUGCCUUCUCGAAGUUGCUCACUGGCCGCAAUGCUUCUCUGUUACUUGCUACCAUGGGCACCAGUGCCCUAACCACUGGGUAUCUGCUGAACCGGCAGAACGUGCGGGCCGAGGCUCGGGAGCAACAUAGGCUGUUCCCGCCCAGCGCAGACUACCCUGAUCUGCGAAAGCACAACAACUGCAUGGCCGAGUGCCUCACCCCGGCCAUCUAUGCCAAGCUCCGCAACAAGGCGACGCCCAACGGCUACACCCUGGACCAGUGUAUCCAGACUGGAGUGGACAACCCUGGCCACCCCUUCAUCAAGACUGUGGGCAUGGUGGCUGGUGACGAGGAGUCGUAUGAGGUGUUUGCUGACCUUUUUGAUCCUGUCAUCAAACUAAGGCACAAUGGCUAUGACCCCAGGGUGAUGAAGCACCCCACGGAUCUGGACGCAUCCAAGAUCACCCAUGGGCAGUUUGAUGAGCGUUAUGUGCUGUCCUCUCGGGUGCGCACAGGCCGCAGCAUCCGCGGGCUGAGCCUGCCACCUGCCUGCAGCCGGGCUGAGCGAAGGGAGGUGGAGAACGUGGCCAUCACGGCCCUGGAAGGCCUCAAAGGGGACCUGGCAGGCCGCUACUACAGGCUGUCCGAGAUGACUGAGCAAGACCAGCAGCGGCUCAUAGAUGACCACUUUCUAUUUGAUAAGCCAGUAUCCCCCUUACUAACAUGUGCUGGGAUGGCCCGUGACUGGCCAGAUGCCAGGGGAAUCUGGCAUAAUUAUGACAAGACCUUUCUCAUCUGGAUUAAUGAGGAAGACCACACCAGGGUAAUCUCUAUGGAAAAAGGAGGCAAUAUGAAAAGAGUAUUUGAGCGAUUCUGUCGAGGACUGAAAGAGGUGGAACGCUUAAUCCAAGCGCGAGGCUGGGAGUUCAUGUGGAAUGAGCGACUAGGAUAUAUUCUGACCUGCCCUUCGAACCUUGGCACAGGAUUACGGGCUGGUGUCCACGUUAGGAUCCCAAAGCUCAGCAAGGAUCCACGCUUCUCUAAGAUCCUGGAAAACCUGAGACUCCAGAAGCGUGGCACGGGUGGUGUGGACACAGCAGCGGUGGCGGAUGUAUAUGAUAUUUCCAACAUAGAUCGAAUUGGUCGAUCAGAGGUUGAGCUUGUUCAGAUAGUCAUCGAUGGAGUCAACUACCUCGUGGAUUGUGAAAAGAAGCUGGAGAGAGGCCAAGAUAUUAAGGUCCCACCACCUCUGCCUCAGUUUGGCAGGAAGUGAACUUUUUGUUUUCCAAACUAUAAAUAAUCUGUCUGCUGGUAUGACAGACAUGAGGAAAUUUUUACUCUGAGAGUUUUUAUAAAAAAAUGUAAAAUUGUAUGUCCUAUCUUUAAAAUAAAACUCUCCUUAAUAUCCUUA